UUGCGGCGACGGGCCCGGCCAGCUUUUCGUGCCAUGCUGCGGCGGAACGCCCGCCUCCGAAAGGAGUACCUCUACAAAAAGGCCUUGGAAGAUCGGGAAGCGACCACCUUUGACAAGAAGCGAAAACUGCAGGAGGCCCUGGACAACAACAAGGCCAUCCCCAGUGAGCUGAAAGGGGAGGACAACAAACUGCGAAAGACCCUCGACCUGGCCGAUGAUCGAACCAAAGAUCAAAGGAAGGCCAUGGACGACGAAUAUGCAUACCUUGGAGUGAAAGAUCCCAAGGUGUUGGUGACCACUUCUAGAGAUCCAUCCUCUCGCUUGAGCCAAUUCCUAAAGGAGCUCCGGAUGCUGUUUCCCGGUGCCCAGCGGAUGAAUCGAGGCGCUUAUGUCGUGAAGGACCUGAUGCAGUUGGCACGUUCUCACGAGAUGACGGACGUGGUCAUUGUCCACGAGCACCGAGGAGAACCCGAUGGCAUGGUGGUUUGCCAUUUACCCUUUGGCCCGACCGCAUAUUUCGGUUUAUCCAAUGUGGUGCUCCGCCACGACUUGGCGGACAAGCCGCCCACCAUGUCGGAGGCCAAUCCGCACCUGGUCUUCCAUGGCUUCACGGCCAAAACGGGACUUCGACUCAAGACCAUCCUGCAGGCACUGUUUCCUCCUGCAAAACAAGCGGGUGACCGCGUGAUGACCUUCGCGAAUCGUCGCGACGUGAUCCAUUUUCGGCAUCACACCUUUGUGCGGCCCAAGGGCCCUGCCGGCGAUGGGCACAAAUCUCGUGCCAAAGAUGUGACUCUGACGGAGAAUGGUCCGCGAUUCACCAUGAGGCUCUUUCGGUUGGAGCUUGGUGCCAUUGACAUGAAGGAUGUUGAGGUUGAAUGGGUCUUGCGGCCUUACUUCAACCGACAAAAGGAGGCUUUAGCGCUUCCUGAGGAUGAAGAGGAGACAUGAGACCGAUCGCGGCUGCCUCGGGGCGUGGCGAUCCGGCGAAGCCAGAUGUUUCACCGGUUCAAAAAA